AUGUCGAGGAGGCAAGUCGGCUCCGGCAGGCGAUUCGUCGACUCCGGCAACUUCCCCUUCGCUUCCGCUCUCCAUCAUAAGUCCCGCCCUUCUCCUCUACUCUCCAUCGGCCUUGUCGUCUUGGGAGCUUUGCUUCUCAUCGCCUAUGCUUAUGGCGGCCCAGGUAUAUCUUCCUCUUGCCUCCCUAUUGCUUCAUUGAAUCCCAAUUGCGACUAUACAUGCACAGCAGAAGUCCUGAGAUCUAUACCAUUUCUGAAGAAAGCAUACGGAGACAACAUGCGUAAAAUUUUGCAUGUAGGUCCUGAUACUUGUGCUGUUGUCUCCACAUUGCUGAAAGAAGAAGAAACUGAAGCUUGGGGGUUGGAGCCAUACGACAUCGAGGAUGCAGAUGCAACCUGCAAAAAUCUUGUUCGGAGGGGGCUUGCUCGUGUUGCUGAUAUCAAAUUCCCUCUACCCUACAGGGCAAAGUCAUUCUCACUCGUUAUUGUGUCGGAUGCUCUUGAUUACCUUUCACCAAAGUACCUGAACAGGACUCUUCCUGAACUGGCUAGGGUUGCUUCUGAUGGUCUCGUCAUCUUUACAGGUUAUCCUGGUCAACAGAAAGCUAAAGUUGCAGAACUGUCCAAAUUUGGACGGCCGCCCAAAAUGAGGAGCUCCUCUUGGUGGAUUCGCUAUUUUGUUCAGACAAGUUUGGAAGAAAAUGAAGUUGCUCAAAAGAAGUUUGAUCAGGCAGCACUGAAGAGGUCGUACAAGUCAAACUGUCAAGUAUUCCACCUCAACCCAUACCAUUAAGUUUAAGAGACGGAGAACAACUUACAGGCCACAGUUCAUGCAGUUUUUGGUUCCUUCACAAUUGAGCUAAAAAUAUAUAUUUUACUCCCACACAAGUCAAGCCAUCAUUCUCUUACCCAGUUAGCUAAAUCUCAUGGAACAAAAAUGUUCUUACCUAAUACAUUAUGUUGUAUCAUUUUAACAUUCAGACAAUCAUUGCCUUAUUAAUCCAUGUCAAGUUUGUUGAUUAUAGCAGUCACCUCCUCUGUUUUGGAUUCAGCUUCCCCAGUGAGGUGG